AUGAGUACCAAACGAUUCACCGCAAACCCCUUCGACGAGUUGACGCUGACGACCGAAGACUGCGCCAAGCUUAUCGAAGUCGCCGACUCCAUCAUGCUCGCCAAGGUCGAAGAGUACGAGGAGUAUCUCAACGACGACAAGCGCGUGGACGCCCGACGCUGGAAGAAAUUCACGAAUUCAGGCGCCACGACGUGCUACCUCCAACGGAAGAAGGCGAACCCCAAGUCGAACAUGGUGGAGGCCCUCAUGGUCGGCCCGCUGCCCGGUACUCUGGACGAGAACAUGUUCGGGUUAAUUAGCCCGACACUCGAAUCCAUACGGAUCAAGGCGUCCUACCUGACCAGGACGACUUUGGACAGCACACCUUGCAGCAGACGAUCGAGGCGCUGA